UGGAAUAUCAUUCGCAGAGCGAAAAACGGCCUAUACUACCUGAAUUUCCUGGAGUUCGAGUCUGGAAGCUCGGGGGGAACUAUCUUCGAGCAAAUUCAGCAGUUGUGCUUGCCACAAAGGAAUACUUUCAGGCAUAAAAUUUCGUCCUUCUUAUACUCUCCAGUCGUGUAUACCACCACCGUCAUCAAGGGACGGGAAUCAACCCAGGGCACCGACAUUGAAGCGCAGGCUUCCGCCUAUGAAGUCUUCAUCAAGAACAAACGCUACAGCGAAGCAUAUACGCUGGCGCUUCGGAACCCGGCAAGAUUCGAGAGGGAAGAUACUCCGAACUUUCUGAUCAAUCGUUCCCAACUCGCAAUGAGCGGAAGGCCAGGUCAAACUAUACAUGCCCUUCUGGUGGUGCAAGAAAUCCGCCGCGCCAAAGUCAUUCUGCUCUUCGGGUCUUUUGCUCUGUUGUCUAUCGGAAUUGGAGUCAUGGCCGGCAGAUUCAGCAGAGAUGUCAAUAUUGGUGUAGGUGUGACGGCAGGGUUGUUCCAAUUCUUGACCAUGCUCCAGUGGUCAUAUAUUUGGUGCGGCAGUGUCUAUUUUGAGCAGACACGAGUGACAAGCGAGCGUGACGAGAGGGAGGUCGAGGAAGAGAAGAGCGGCAGAGCGUCUCGCCAAAAGUUGUUACAGAGCGUCGUCAGCUGUGAGGGGAAAACUGGUGGUCAGCGCAAGGGGCGGAGUCUGGCUGAAGAAAGAGAGACGAAGUUCAGCCUAUCUGAUAUCCUUUUCUUCUCGCAACUUCUCCGUCUCGAACAAAUGGGCAAAUGUACACCUUUCGCUGCUAUUGUCUCUUAUCGCAAAGAAACUAAAUUCAGACAGGGCGAUAUGGGCACCCGAGUGCAUAUUUACCGAUGGCUCAACGCCCAGCGAGCGAGGAAAGAUGGCUCUGAUCUCGAGCUCAAAAGUCUGCCCGAGUUGGAAACAAAGAAGAAGUGGACACUCAAGAUCAAGCCUGGUGUGUUGGCCUGGUGUCUGUCGCAUACACACACAGCGACUGAUGCGAUUCAAUANGGUGUCUCGACGUUCGGAGAGAAGCCAGAACGAGUUGGUCCCGACCACCUCAAGCAGCUCGUCGACCACGCCCUCGAGUACAUCCCCGAUGACCAAGUCCAAGACACUCCGAUCUUUCUCCUUGCCACCGCUGGCAUGCGCCUACUCCCCGAUGUCCAACGAAACCAAGUCCUUGACAAUAUCUGCUCCUACCUGCAACAAAACACCAAAUUCCAGCUGCCUGACUGCGGUUUACACAUCCAGGUCAUCCCUGGCGAAACAGAAGGAUUGUAUGGAUGGAUAGCUGCAAACUACCUACUCGGCGCCUUCGACGCUGAUGCUACCAAAACACACCUCCAUGGCAAGGACCACCACACAUACGGUUUUCUGGACAUGGGAGGCGCUUCUGCUCAGAUUGCCUUCGCACCCAACGCCACAGAAGCUGAGAAACACGCUGAAGAUCUAAAGUUGUUGCGUAUGCGAAACGUCAACGGUGACCCAAUCGAGUACAAAGUCUUUGUUACCACUUGGCUAGGUUAUGGCGUCAAUGAGGCUCGCAGGCGCUACAUUGAAUCACUAACAACAGCAAGUCCUGGAAUCGCAGAGUUGCCUGAUCCUUGUCUUCCUACUGGUCUGGAAGUCACCAAAUCUGGCCACGCUAUCUCUCCUGGUUCUCACAAGGCGGCUGGAAAAGAAACAUACCUUUUAGGAACAGGCAAGUUUCCCGAGUGUCUGUCCAAGACGUACCCCUUGCUGGACAAGGAUGCACCAUGUCUAAAUCCUCCAUGUUUGCUCCAUGGCGUACACGUCCCUGCCAUUGACUUUGACGUCAAUCACUUCGUUGGCGUUUCUGAAUACUGGCACACUACUCACGAGAUCUUCGAAAUGGCUCAUAAGGAUAAGGCCUACGACUUCAACACUUACCAACAGCGCGUCCUAGAAUUCUGCAGUCAAGAUUGGAAGUCAAUACAACAAGGAGUAAAGGAGCAAAAAUGGGGUCGGAAGGUCACAGAGGAGAAGGUGGCCGAGGUAUGCUUCAAGGCCAGUUGGUUGAUCAACAUGCUGCACGAUGGCAUUGGUAUUCCAAGAGUUGGUCUUGAAGGUACNAAAGGUGGCCACAAUGGCACCAAGGCUGUAAUCGAUGGUGCAAAAGAGAAGGGUUUCCUGGAUCCCUUCCAGGCGGUCAAUAAGAUCGACGAUGUCGAAGUCAGCUGGACGUUAGGGAAGAUGGUCUUGUACGCUGCUUCGCAAGUGCCCGGCCCGGACGACAAAGCAUUGGCAGUCGGUUUCGGCAGUAACAUUCCAGGACUCAACCUUCCUAAAGACUUCCAAUUCGCAGGCGGCAACCCUAUGCCUUUGCCAACGGACCUCAAGGACGAUGAUGUUGACUGGCAUGACAAACUCUUCACGUCAAGCUCUUCCCGCAGGUUACCAGGUUUCUUAUUAUUCCUAAUCAUUCUCCUGGUGGCUGCAUUCCUCCCUUGUGGGCGCGACAGACGCAACUCUUUACUCAGAAAAGCAGGCUUCUCUCCCGGCAAAGGCAGCAAACGCAAAUCAAACGCCGUGACAAACAGCCUAGGCAAACUGUUUGGCGGUAACAACUCUGGUCCCGCAUACGAGCGCGUCCUAGAGGGCGGCAUUGGUCCCGACCCCUCCGACUUCGAACUCGACGACAUGAAUGAGAAUGAUUCAGAUUCUGACAACAGCAACGGCCGUACUUCUGGUUGGGCCACCCCCAAGAUCAACAACAAUGGCUUCAGCAGUCCGGUCUUGCACUCUUCACCUCGUUCUGCACGAGUAAAUCUCUACAAUCAAGGCUCCCAACCCAUGUCUGGAUACUUUGACGGACCUGCCACUCAUGGUUCGAGCACUCUAUCUCUUGCUACAACGCCUGGACUGCAACUGCCUCACGGUAGCAGAGGAGGGUUGUUGGCAAGGACAGAGAGUAGAGAGCAACUAGCUACUGCGACAUUACGCUCAGGAAGCAGGAGUCGAGCGGCUAGUCCUAGUAGGAUCAGAAGUCCACUGAUCACACCCUCAAUAAGAGAAGCUGCCGAGUGA